AUGCCACCCUCAAUGAUCUUCAUGAACAAUGUCAUCGUCCGCCUCUCCCAGAUCAGUGAGGAUGUCAUCAGACUCUUCAAAAAGAGCAAGGAGAUUGGCCUACAGAUGCACGAGGAGCUCCUGAAAGUGACCAAUGAGCUCUACACAGUCAUGAAAACCUACCACAUGUACCACGCGGAGAGUAUCAGUGCAGAAAGCAAGCUGAAGGAGGCUGAGAAGCAGGAGGAGAAACAGUUCAACAAGUCGGGAGACCUCAGCAUGAAUCUGCUCCGGCAUGAGGACCGGCCCCAGCGCCGCAGCUCCGUAAAGAAGAUCGAGAAGAUGAAGGAGAAGAGGCAGGCCAAGUAUUCCGAGAACAAGCUGAAGUGCACCAAGGCCCGGAACGACUACCUGCUGAAUCUGGCAGCCACCAAUGCAGCUAUCAGCAAAUACUACAUCCAUGAUGUCUCUGAUCUCAUUGAUUGCUGUGACUUGGGCUUUCAUGCCAGCCUGGCCCGCACCUUCCGGACCUACCUCUCUGCUGAAUACAACCUGGAAACUUCUCGCCACGAGGGGCUGGACGUCAUUGAGAAUGCAGUGGACAGCCUGGACUCCCGGAGUGACAAGCACACAGUUAUGGACAUGUGCAACCAGGUCUUUUGCCCUCCGCUCAAGUUUGAGUUCCAGCCCCACAUGGGGGAUGAGGUAUGCCAGGUCAGUGCGCAGCAGCCCGUGCAGACAGAGUUGCUCAUGCGGUACCACCAGUUGCAGUCCAGACUGGCCACUCUCAAGAUAGAGAAUGAAGAGGUUAGAAAAACCCUGGAUGCUACCAUGCAGACCUUGCAGGACAUGCUGACUGUGGAGGACUUUGAUGUUACUGAUGCCUUCCAACACAGCCGAUCUACAGAGUCUGUGAAGUCAGCUGCCUCGGAGACCUACAUGAGCAAGAUCAACAUCGCCAAAAGGAGAGCCAACCAGCAGGAAACAGAAAUGUUUUAUUUUACUAAAUUUAAAGAAUAUGUGAAUGGCAGUAACCUCAUUACCAAGCUACAGGCCAAGCACGACUUACUCAAGCAGACGCUGGGAGAAGGAGAGAGAGCAGAAUGCGGCACUACCAGGCCCCCCUGUCUUCCCCCUAAGCCACAGAAAAUGAGGAGACCUAGGCCUCUUUCAGUGUAUAGCCAUAAACUCUUUAACGGCAGUAUGGAAGCGUUCAUUAAGGAUUCAGGACAAGCUAUACCGCUUGUAGUUGAGAGUUGCAUCCGAUACAUCAAUUUAUAUGGACUCCAGCAGCAGGGGAUCUUCAGAGUUCCAGGGUCUCAAGUUGAAGUUAAUGACAUCAAAAAUUCCUUUGAGAGAGGUGAAGACCCCCUUGUGGACGAUCAAAAUGAGCGAGAUAUCAAUUCAGUUGCUGGUGUUUUAAAACUGUAUUUCCGAGGACUGGAAAACCCACUCUUUCCUAAGGAAAGGUUUCAAGAUUUGAUAUCUACUAUUAAACUGGAGAACCCAGCUGAGAGGGUGCAUCAGAUCCAACAAAUCCUCAUCACACUGCCCCGCGUGGUCAUCGUGGUCAUGAGAUACCUCUUUGCUUUCCUCAACCACCUCUCCCAGUAUAGUGACGAGAACAUGAUGGAUCCUUACAACCUGGCCAUCUGCUUCGGGCCCACCCUCAUGCACAUCCCUGAUGGGCAGGACCCUGUGUCCUGCCAGGCACACGUCAAUGAAGUCAUCAAAACCAUCAUCAUUCAUCAUGAAGCCAUCUUCCCCAGUCCCCGGGAGCUAGAGGGACCUGUGUAUGAAAAAUGCAUGGCUGGAGGGGAAGAAUAUUGUGACAGCCCACACAGUGAGCCAGGCACCAUCGAUGAAGUUGACCAUGAUAAUGGCACAGAGCCUCACACUAGUGAUGAAGAAGUGGAGCAGAUUGAGGCCAUUGCCAAGUUUGAUUAUGUGGGGCGUUCCCCUCGUGAGCUGUCCUUCAAGAAGGGAGCCUCACUGCUCCUGUACCACCGUGCCUCAGAGGACUGGUGGGAGGGCCGUCACAAUGGCGUGGAUGGACUCAUCCCUCAUCAGUACAUAGUUGUGCAAGACAUGGAUGAUGCCUUCUCUGACAGCCUGAGCCAAAAGGCUGACAGCGAGGCCAGCAGCGGACCACUGCUGGAUGACAAGACCUCCUCCAAGAAUGACCUCCAGUCCCCCACAGAGCACAUCUCAGAUUAUGGCUUUGGGGGGGUGACGGGCCGAGUGCGGUUACGAUCCGAUGGAGCGGCCAUCCCCAGGCGCCGAAGCGGGGGCGACACACACAGUCCACCCAGGGGCCUGGGCCCCAGCAUAGACACUCCACCCCGGGCUGCCGCCUGCCCCAGCAGCCCCCACAAAAUCCCCCUUACUCGGGGGCGGAUCGAGAGCCCUGAGAAGAGGAGGAUGGCGACGUUUGGGAGCGCUGGCAGCAUCAACUACCCCGACAAGAAGGCACUUUCAGAAGGGCAUUCAAUGAGGUCGACCUGCGGCUCCACUCGGCACAGCAGCCUGGGGGACCACAAGUCCCUGGAGGCUGAGGCCCUGGCAGAAGACAUCGAGAAGACCAUGAGCACGGCUCUGCAUGAGUUGCGGGAACUCGAGAGGCAGAACACAGUCAAGCAGGCGCCAGAUGUGGUGCUGGACACCCUGGAGCCCCUGAAGAACCCGCCAGGCCCCAUCAGCUCGGAGCCUGCCAGUCCACUGCACACCAUCGUCAUCCGCGACCCUGAUGCUGCCAUGCGUCGCAGCAGCAGCUCCUCCACGGAGAUGAUGACCACCUUCAAGCCGGCCCUGUCUGCCCGCCUGGCUGGGGCCCAGCUGCGCCCACCCCCUAUGCGGCCAGUGCGGCCGGUGGUUCAGCACCGGUCCAGCAGCAGCAGCAGCUCGGGCGUGGGCAGCCCGGCUGUGACGCCCACUGAGAAGAUGUUCCCCAACAGUUCAACGGACAAGUCAGGCACUAUGUGACCUGCAGGAUGAGCAGCACCACCGUGGCCCAGAGUGGCCUAUCAUAGCCUGGGGUGGCCUCGGUGGCUUCCACUUGCUUCCCAGUGAUCCUGGCCAUGGAGGGCUGAGCCCAGAAGGUCAGCCUGGGAGGUUGCGUGUCUGUGGAGAGCCAAAGCCCAGGCAUUAGCUGCAGCUCACACUCAGCCAUGUGAAUCCCACAGACCUCUUGUGUGCAAACAGACACCCGGAGGAAAGCUGGAGCAACAGCAGCCCAAGCUCCACUUUCCCCAAGAUUGAGGCAAAAUGCUAAAUGGCUUCUCCCACAUAUCAUCACUGGAAAAUUAUU